AUGGGCUCAGCUGGCGGCGGCGGCACGCUACGGUUUGAGCCACUGCACGCGACCUUCGUGGCGCAGGUCCACGGGGUCGACUGGACGAAGCCGAUCCCGGACGCCGUCAUCGACGAGAUCCAGGCCGGCAUCGACAAGUACGGCGUAUUGGUGUUUCGCGCCGCCAACAUCGACAACGACACGCAGGUCAACUUCAUGCGCCGCUUCGGCGAGCUGGAUUCCAUGCCCAACCUCCGCGACCGCCGGUUCCCGGACCAGCCUCACAUCUUCGACGUGUCCAACCUCGACGGCCAGGGUAACAUCAUCCGCGAGACGGACCGCGUGUCGUCCCUGAUGAACAAGGGCAACCAGCUGUGGCACACGGACAUGACCUACCACCCGCGGCGGGACAAGUACAGUCUCCUGCGGGCGGUGGAGAUCCCUCCGAGAGGCUGUGGCGGGGAGACCGAGUUCGCCGACUCGCGGUCCGCCUACGAGGCCCUGUCGCCCGAGUGGAAAGCCCGCCUCGAGGACGUCGUCUGCGACUGCUCACUGCUGUACAACCGACGCGAGGCCGCUCCGGACCUGUACAAGGGCGUUGACCCCUUCGAGUACUCGAUAUCGCGGUGGAAGGCGGUGUACCCGCACCCAGGAAGCGGGCGCAAGAACCUCUACCUCACGAGCUACGCGUACAAGCUGGACGGGUACUCGGUGGAAGAGUCGAAGAGGAUCGCCGACGAGCUGAUCGCCCACGGCACCCAGCCGCGCUUCGUCUACAAGGUCCUGUGGGAGCAGCCGGGCGAUCUGGUCAUGUGGGACAACACGGCCGUGUGGCACAGGGCCCUCGACGACUCGGCCUACCUCCACAAGUACCGCCGGGACAUGCGCCGCACAAACACCUUUGACGACGGCGAGUUCGCCUGGGGCGAGAACGAGCCGGGGAAGUGGUGGCACGUCAAGAUGCCCAAGGAUCCUUUGGCUCACGAAAAGAGCCAGGAUCAGGAUAGACCUCAGGCUGAGAAGACGGGCGUCUUGCUCUCCACCUCCGAGGUUCAGCAGGUGGCUUGA